AUGGAGCGCCGACUUGCGGCCGAGCCCCAAGUGGGAGAAGGCGGCGUGGGGCUGCGGCUGGUGGAGGUGCGCAUCCCGAAGCACACGGUGCGCGACCAGGAGGCGCGCCUCGAGUGCAACUUCGACAUGGAGGGCGAGGCGCUCUACUCCGUCAAGUGGUACAAGGACGGCAACGAGUUUUAUCGCUACGUGCCCCGAGACGACCCGCCGGCCCAGCUCUUCCCGCUGCCCGGGGUCACAGUGGACAGCUGCCGCUGA